CUCUUCCUUUCCUUUUUUAACAUUUCCUACGCGGAAACUGAGAAUUAAGUCAAAAAAAAUGCCCAUUAUCUGUUAAUUUCUCCUUUUCCUUUGUCACCUUCAAAAUAUGAGAUUCUGAACCUGUUUUUCAUCUAUAUGUUGUUGAUCUUAGAACCUAAAUUACUUGUCUACAUCUAUAGACCCUUUCCCAUUUGGAAACAUUAGUACAUUGGUUGCAAACCUCUGUAGAUUUGUCCAAUCUCGAAUAUCCCCCCAAGUGGAUUUACAUUUUACAAAGGACCAUACCCUCUAAGAAAAUCUUAAAAUUCGUAGUUUUCUUGAAGAAAGAUAACCAUUCUCUCCAUCAUUUUUUUUCUAAUCACAAACAAUUUUGAUCGUAAAAAGUUCAGCAAAAUCAUUGUUGAACCUAAAGUUUUGGUUUUUCUGGGAUUGCUCUGUUCUGAAUUAGGAUUUUGAGAUAUGAAUUGUUUCUCAUGUUUCUCAUCCCAUGAAAAAAAAGCAUCAAAGAAAUAUGAGAAUAUACCGAAUCACGCCUCUCGUCCUCCUACGCAACCACAAACCAAUCAUCAUCAUCAACAACCUCGGCCUGAGAAUGCAGGGAAACCUCAGAUUGAAGCCACAAACAAUAAGCCAGAUAAUAAAGAAGGAGCCAACAAUAUUGCAGCACAAACAUUCACUUUCCGGGAGCUGGCGACCGCAACUAAGAAUUUCAGGCAGGAAUGUUUAUUAGGUGAAGGCGGAUUCGGAAGAGUUUAUAAGGGUCGCCUUGAUAAAACUGGCCAGACAGUGGCAGUGAAGCAACUAGACCGAAAUGGAUUACAAGGAAACAGAGAAUUCCUUGUUGAGGUUUUGAUGCUGAGCCUUCUUCACCACCAAAAUCUGGUCAAUUUAAUUGGAUACUGUGCUGAUGGAGAUCAGAGGCUUUUAGUCUACGAAUACAUGUCCUUGGGAUCAUUGGAAGACCAUCUUUUAGAACUUCCACCUGGUCAACCUCCACUGGAUUGGUUCUCAAGGAUGAAGAUUGCAUUACAAGCAGCCAAAGGUUUAGAGUAUCUACACGAUAAGGCCAACCCCCCAGUCAUUUAUCGCGAUUUAAAGUCGUCGAAUAUCUUGUUGGACAGUGAAUACAAUGCAAAACUCUCUGAUUUCGGAUUAGCUAAGUUGGGACCUGUUGGAGAUAGAUCACAUGUCUCCUCCAGGGUAAUGGGGACAUAUGGUUAUUGCGCGCCGGAGUACCAAAAAACAGGUCAGCUAACAGUAAAAUCCGAUGUUUACAGCUUUGGAGUUGUGUUCUUGGAGUUAAUCACAGGAAGAAGAGCCAUUGAUACCACCAGGGUUCCCCAGGAGCAAAAUCUAGUUACUUGGGCAGAUCCAAUGUUCAGGGAACCGAAUAGAUUCGCAGAACUAGCUGAUCCACUUCUCCAGGGGAACUACCCAAAGAAAAGCUUGAACCAAGCAGUAGCAGUAGCUGCAAUGUGCCUAAAUGAAGAUGCAUCAGUUAGGCCAUUCAUCAGUGAUGUGGUCACUGCCCUGAGCUACUUAGGAGUAGGGCCUGAUGAUAAUGCAUCAGAAACGGCCUGCUCCACGCCGGCGCUGUCUCGUAAAACAUCACUGAAAAAGGGGGAAAAGAAACGCCCGGAUUCGAGUGAUUCAACGUAUGCAGAUGAACGCCAGAAAGCAGUGGCAGAAGCCAUUGAAUGGGGUUCAAAUUCCAGAAACUGUAACACAACCUCGCAUAUGUACCAAGGUCCUUCAGUGUGACAUUUUAUUCAUCCAUUAAUGGACUUGGUGUUGUACUAUAAAUAGUUGUUUCAUUCUUUUGCGGCUUUUGCAUUGAUGUAUAUAUACCCCCAAUAAUGUAGUACUUUUUUUACCCUACAUUAAAGAGGUGUAUUUCUUUUUUGGAGAGAGGGAUCUUGCUGUUUUGCAUUCCCCUAAAUAAAGAUUGUAUUGAAAAUGAA